GAUGUGGACCUCAUCAUGGGGAGGGGCCUUGGCAGGGCUCCAGUGAUCGCUUGGUCCCAUGACAGGGAACGUUCUGGAAACGCCUGUAACAUUUGCUCUGAGAGCUUCUUCCUGUUUUGCAUAGGGCCUUUUUGCCUUCGACAUCCUGAAAUCACAGAGCCGCUGUCGGUGUGGCAGCACACCACCAGCUUAGAAAACAGGAAAGGCUUGGGCCCCAUGCUGAUCGAGUUUAACAUUCCUGUGGAUCUGGAGCUCUUGGCAAAGGAGAACCCAGAGAUAAGGAUGGGCGGCCGUCACACCCCCAAGGACUGCCUCUCUCCUCACAAGGUGGCCGUCAUCAUUCCAUUCCGCAACCGGCAGGAGCACCUCAAGUACUGGCUGUAUUACUUGCACCCAAUUCUGCAGCGCCAGCAGCUGGACUAUGGUAUCUAUGUUAUCAACCAGGCUGGAGACGGAAUGUUCAAUCGUGCGAAGCUCCUCAACAUUGGCUUUCAAGAGGCCUUGAAGGACUAUGACUACAACUGCUUCGUGUUCAGUGAUGUGGACCUCAUCCCGAUGGAUGACCACAAUGCCUACAGGUGCUUUCCACAGCCACGACAUAUUUCUGUGGCAAUGGACAAGUUCGGAUUUAGCCUACCGUAUGUGCAGUAUUUCGGAGGUGUCUCUGCUCUAAGUAAACAACAGUUUCUUACCAUAAACGGCUUUCCUAAUAACUACUGGGGCUGGGGAGGAGAAGAUGAUGACAUUUACAACAGGCUGGUUUUUAAAGGCAUGUCCGUAUCUCGCCCAAAUGCUAUGGUUGGGAAGUGUCGCAUGAUCCGCCACUCCAGAGACAAGAAGAAUGAACCCAAUCCUCAGAGGUUUUCCCGAAUUGCACACACGAAGGAGACCAUGAAGUACGAUGGUUUGAACUCACUCACCUACCAGGUGCUGAGCGUAGAGAGGUACCAGUUGUAUACCCAGAUCACAGUGGACGUUGGGACGCCAAGCUAGCGUUUUGAUACAAAGAAGAGACUGAAAAUGGCCAGGGACCUCUGCUGUACGCCUCUCUGCUGUCGGGCUGGUCCCUCUCACGUGUACAGUCUGCGUAACGGGUCCCACGGCUCAUCAUCCAGACGCCUUUGCAGGUGACCAGGAGGAGCGGAGCAUUUUGCCUCCAGCUUGGCCUGGCAUGUGGCUUCUUCACAGUGCAAGGUGUUGGUCACUGUAGAAGCUGUCAGCGUGUGGGGCUUCUCGACGUGUUCACAGGGUCACCCCAAAGCCUCAGAGCUGCACACAGCUGAAAACUGGUGACCGUGGGACUUGGUCCCAUUGAUGAAACUGCUAAAUUAUUAAAUGGGUAAGAAUUUUGCUUUAAAUUGUGACUUUUAAAUUGUGACUUCAUGAAAAAUUGGAGACUGCUGCUAAAAUUGAUUGGUAUGAUACCUUUUGGUUGUCGAGUUUUAACAGGAAAGUUUCCACCGGUCUUAUAUGAUGUCCCCUCCCCCACCUUCUCCCGGUGGUGUGCAACUAUUACAAUCACUGUGUGUUGUGUGUCUUUUCAGAAAAAAAGGAUUUUAAAACUUGAGCCUUGAACCUUUUCCUGCUUGUGAAAGAAUCCCAAGGCAACUUUAGCCAUCAAAGCAAAGGUCCUGGGUAUUGUCACUCACAGUGCCUGUCUCCAAGUUGUCUGAUUUUUGAAUGUAAAGACUUUUUAAAAGAAGCAGCGUGUAGUAUUUUAAAAAAUCAAGUUUUAAUUAUGGUGUAGCUUGAUUUUUGUGUUGAUCCAAAUUUGCAUAGCUAUUUAGUGUUAAGUCAUGACAAUUUAUUUUUCUGGGCAUGUUAUGUAAACUUGAAUUGACUAUGUAUUUUUUAUUGUGUUUUAAAUAUGGGAGGGGACUGAACUUGUUUUAGGAGAAAAAAAAAAAUGUAUGCUGUAAUGGCCACAAAUGGGCCUUUUGAUUUAGCUGGCAGGCCAGGUUUUAUGAAGAGCAAAAUCACCUUUGGGUCCUUGAUGUGGGUAAGGCCUUCUGGCCAGCGUGGUCCUGCCAGACCUCUGGGGCAGAGACCCGGGAGCCAGGCUCAGCCUGCUGGGCAAGCACGCCCCACUCCUCUGACUGACCCCGUAGGGCCCCAGGCUGUGGGGUUGUAAAUAACAGUAGUCAGGUUGUUUACGCCCCCUCGCUCUCCCGAGCUGGAGGGAACCUGUGCUCCAGGCAGGGACUGCGCCCCAGAGCCUCUGCAGCCAUACUGCUCGGCCGCCCUGCAGUGCCGGUUCUUCUGCUCCCUGCCCUGCCUCGCUCCUUCCUUCCUCCUGUCCCCUUCAGUUCCUUUGCCUCUUGCCCGUUCCCUAGAACUUGCCUGUGGCACUCAGGGUCAGACGGCCUAUUCGUUCUCCAGCAUGACUGUGCCUUUUAAUUAGUGAUGCAGACCCACACCCCCGGCUCCUCCUGGGAACUCUGGUGCCUGAAGCCUCCCAUUCCCCCUCAGGGUUUUACAGGUGCUCCCACCCCUGUCACGCUAACCCACAGGGGUCCUUCACAAACCCACCUCUCCUUGGGUGAGAUGGCCGGAGGCACUCCGACCACAGAAUGCCUUCCCCAGGUCCAUCCUGGGCUCAGGUCCUAAGGCUCGGCUGCCUGUCCUAGGGUUGAGCCCUUCGCUGUGGCAGCCAGGACGCAAGCCACUGCCCUCCUGGGCCCAGCCCUGAGUGAGGAGCUGAACGAUUGCCUGGGCCCUACCGACCUGUGCCUUUAUCGCUUCGAGCGUCUUGAUGCUGACUUGGUUCUUUUUCCAGAAGUCUUUGUUUUGGUUAGAAGUUACCUUCCUCUGCAGAGCAGGCAGGCCAGUGCAGGGCGUUCCUCCCUCGGUUCCCCACGCCUUAAAAUGUUAUUAUUCCAACUUGGACUGACUGCACUGAGAGAGUUGAGAUAAACGCAGAGGCCUUUCUGUCCCUGAUCCUGACUUUUCCAAAGUGCCUUAUAAAGGAAACAAACGCCCUGAAUGGUGAAUUGUUACCUCCUUUACUCUUGAAAUUCUGCAUUUUUUGUGUGUAUUUUUUUUCCUGUUACAGCUUCAUUGAUGUGAGUAUGUGGUUCAUUCUCAGAACCAAGGGAAAUUCUGCUUCACCUGUACCCCCUGCGCGCCGACUUCCCAGCGCUCUCGGGGCAUCCCCAGGCCCAAGGUACAGGGGUUUGCCCAGCCCAUGAAAUGCUGUGGGUCUGGGAUCCUCACUGGACAGUCCUGGUCUGAGAGUGCAGGGACGGGAGUUACUGUCGUGGAAGUGACAUGCGCUGUGCUUUUCCCUGCCUGUCCCGGUGACCCCCUGUGAAGCGGCCUUUGGGAAAGAUCAAAGUUGGCACGGGAGGGUAAAGGAAGCGCUGUACUGGCCUUUAGCUUGACCAGGGUUUCUGCUGAGCACUGGCCCGGGUAUGGAGUGCCUCACACAACCAGGAAACAACUUCCGUGUUCUCGGCAUGCUGUGCUGUGUAUUUUUAUGUCUCACAUAUGCAAGUGUGUGUAUUUACUGUGGGGGGCAAUAUCUGAUCAUGGUGUUCAGAACAGACAACUGUAUUUUUGCCUGUGAAAUCCAGUAAUAUAACACGAAUAAAUGACCCUAUCUUUGUAA